CACUAUGGACCCCCGUACCAGUGCCCAGGACAUAAUGCGCUGUGACCUGUGUGAGACCGCUGUGGUACAGAUGCACUGUGAUACAUGUCUUGUCAACCUGUGUAAGGCCUGUGUGGGAGAACACAUGAUCUCUGACCAAUCUAAAAAACAUGAAAUUGUCCCAUUUAAGCUUCGAAAAUCCACUCCCCUCUACCCUAUCUGCAAAUUACAUCACAAUCAGCAAUGUACAAUGUACUGUAAUCAAUGUGACAUUACUGUUUGUACAAAAUGCAUUGCAUCUGAUCAACAUCUGAGCCAUAAGUUUUCAGAAAUCUUGCAGAUUGUGGAAAGGAAAAAACACAAAAUCAUCGAAGAACAAACUGAAUUAAAAGAGACAAUUUUUCCAACCUUCCAGGACAUUGCCUCUGAUAUACAAAACAGAAUGAGCCAAUUAGAAAAGGAAUAUGGAGAUCUCUCAACAGCCAUAACAAAACAUGGAGAGGACUGGCACAGAGAAAUUGACAAACUUGUCAAGAAACGUACAGCUGAAGUUGAUGAAAUGAAAAACACACAGAUACAAACUCUACAGAAACAUCUGGAUGAAAUAAACAAGACAAUAUCUGAUAUCAAGGAUGAAAUCAAUUCAGUUGACAUGGCGUUAGACACUAAUGAUUUAUCAAUGUUAUUUAGUGUCACUUCUGAUGUAAAUAUUUACAGAACUCUUCCACAAAAACUAGCACCAUCUUUACCGAAAUUCAUUGCAGAAAAAAUUCAAGGAGAAAAACUCGAUAAACUGUUUGGAACUUUAAUAUCAGGUUCUUUAACUUCAGAUAAACAUGGCUAUAGCAUGAAGACAACACAGAAAUCACCAGAAGCUGGAUGCUCUCCUCCUGUCAAACAUCUGCUAGAUAAACCCGAGACUGUCACCACCAUAGACACUGGGCAUAGAAGGCUUUCCAAUGUUGUCUGUCUGAGCGAUGAAGAAAUAUGGACAAUUGGAGAUGACAGCACCAUGGAACUCUUCAGCAUCAAUCAGGGAUCACAACUCAAGUCAAUCAAAACCAAGUCAGGGAACAUACCAAUAGACAUAGCAGUGACAAAAAGCGGAGAUCUAGUUUAUACUGAUUACAAUUAUAGAACUGUGAACAUUGUGAAGAGUGAGAAAGUAGAGGAGGUGAUCAGACUACAGAACUGGAAACCUCGCAAUGUCUGUAGUACUUCAUCUGGUGACCUCCUGAUUACCUUGGAAAGUGAUGAUGAAAAACAAUCAAAAGUUGUCCGUUACUCUGGCUUCACAGAGAAACAUAUCAUUCAGUUUGAUGAUCAAGGCAGACCUCUCUAUUCAGCUGGUCGUUAUAGCAGAUGCAUAACUGAGAACAGGAACCUGGAUAUCUGUGUGUCCGACAAUGGAACUAAAGCAGUAGUGGUGGUCAAUCAGGCUGGAAAACUGAGAUUCAGGUACACUGGGCAUACCCCUUCUCCAAAGAACCAACCAUUCAAUCCACGAGGAAUCACCACAGACAGUCAGAGUCACAUACUUACAGCUGAUGUUAAAAAUCACUGUGUCCACAUGCUAGACAAGGAUGGACAGUUCCUCCGUUACAUAGACUGUGGACAGAGUGGACCCUGGGGACUGUGUAUAGAUACAAAUGAUUAUCUGUUUGUUGUUCAACUAAUCAACAUACAAGUGAAAAAAGUUAAAUACCUUUGUUGAUUCUAGUGAUAUGUAUUAAGUAAAUAAAAGCCAUAUGACGCAAAUCACUUUAAAAACAAUAUGUAG